AAAUUAGAUCGACGAAUAGGGGAUUUUAUAAUUACUAUGAGAUUGUAAAUUAAAUAGGUUUCUGAGUGGGCAGUGGCUACCGACAAACUCAAGCAAAUCGAAAACAAGCUCUACAUCAAUGGCGGUAAGCCAGCACCAGCAGAGAUUUUGUAAUCCCAAAGUGGUGAAGAUUUCUUUAGGGUUAAUCGCUCUUUCUAUUGCUGCUUACAUUGUCGGACCUCCUCUUUAUUGGCAUUUCUUGGAGGGAUCAGAUUCUCUUUCUGAUCAAUCAUCAUCAACUUCCAUUAAUUGUCCACCUUGCUCUUGUAAUUGCAAUUCUUCGCCUCUUAUCACUAUUCCUGAUGGUCUUAACAAUAUUUCCUUCACAGAUUGUUCAAAGCACGACCCAGGACUCAGCGAAGACACUGAAAAGAAUUUUGCAGAUCUAUUAGCUGAGGAACUGAAACUGCGGGAAGCUGAAGCUGCAGAAAACCAGAAACGCGCCGACAUGGCUUUGCUUGAAGCUAAGAAGGUAACAUCCCAAUAUCAAAAGGAGGCAGAUAAGUGCAAUUCAGGAAUGGAAACUUGCGAGGAAGCCAGGGAGAAGGCUGAAGCGGCAUUGGUGGCACAGAAGAAAUUAACCGCAAUGUGGGAACAACGGGCUCGCCAGAAAGGAUGGAAGGAUGGAGUUACCAAGACCAAUGCUCAAUUGCAGGGAAAUGUUCAGUCUGUAUAGGAGUCCUCAUAUACGUCUAAUCCGAGAAAUAUACCGGAAGAAUGACGUUUCUGUCGCAACUCGCAAAUUUUGAUGUUCAGCCAGAAAUGUUCAUUCGUGUCCUUGUUGCUUACAGUUCCCAUCUAUUCAGGAGUUGGCAUGUUAUGCUAUUAGCCAAACCAAAUGUCUAUAGUAUUAGUUGCCUCUUUAAUUAUUUUCUUGUUUAAGCAUACUAGGAGCAGAUUGACUUUAGUCUGGAAAAAAAUGUUACUUUGUUAUCGUUCAAUGUUAAGCAUUGAAGUGUAAUGCUAAUCAAGAAAACAUAGUUAUUAUUUAUUAUUUUUGAAUGAAUAACUCAUUAAGUUUAUAUUUUUAGAAAA